UGUAGGGGUAACUUGGUAAUAUAGCUUUUCUAAGCUGUGACGAUUGACGAAUGACGAUUUUAACUGUAUAUAUAUAUAUUGUCCGAACAAUUGGAUAAUAUCAAUAAAUAAAUAUAAAAAUCAUUUCUAGUUAAACAUUUCUUUCACUUAAAUCUAAAAAACAUUUCAUCCUUUGAUGUCAUCUUAACAGCAUUUAGAUUUGUACAAUGCAAUUACAUCAUUUGAAGUCGUAAUUAGGAUCUUUAAGAUUAAAUAUUUUUGAAUUAUUACUAUUGAGUAUUGACUAGUUUUCUCCACCCAAAAAACGUGUAUUAUUGACUAAUAAUCAUUGGCUUAUCUAUCAGAUAAAUAUUCAGUUAGUUUUGAAAUCUGUUCAAGAUAUAGGUUCUGUAUAUAAAUAAACAGAAGAAAGGAUUCAGUGGAAUAAUAUCUUCAACCAACUAAACAUGAAAACUAAAGAUGGACUCCUGGAAGAAGAUUUUGAGUUAGCAAAAUGAAAUUUAUGAUGAGGUAGUGUUACAUGGUGUUCACAAAUAUAGUUUACCAACAUUUAAUAUUAGUUCUAAAAAUUAAUACCGCAUAUGCCAUGUGUAAGAAGUUAAAUGCAUGUAAAAAAAAAUGAUUAAGGAACAUGCUUAUCUCUGAUGAUGACACUAACAUGUUAAACAUAUAACAGACCCCAAAUUAACAUUCUUACAUAACUUACGACAAUGAUUGGGAAACACAAUACUCUUUUGCUCGUAUAGAUUGUGCAUAUGUUCGUUUCAACCCACUCAGAAGAUGAGAUUGUUCCUUUUGUGACACAUUCAAAGACAUUUAUAUAAAAAGGUUUAUUUGUCCGCGAGAAGAGAAGAUUGCAGAGACGAAGGAAGCGCGUGAACGUGUGAACGCGGUGAGGGGAUGGGUUUGACGGUGACUUGACUUUCUUUUUCCAAAUUUUUUUAUUAUUAUUUGUCACCUUUUUUAUUUAGAUAAAGCGUUUACUGGUCACUGUUUCAUCGAGAGAUUGCACCGCGUAAAACUUGUUUGAUAACUCAUGUAAAGACAAAAAGAAAAACAUGUUUGAUUGAGGCGUUAUAAACUAUAUUAGAUUCUAUAUUUCUUUCUAUAUGCAUAGUAGUGCACUAACAAUAUGUUAUUCAGUUAUAUUAACUAUAAAAUCUGGCAAAAAAUUAUGUUAGUUAUAAUGAAAUGGUCUGUUAAGUCUUCUCGAAGACACCCGAGGAAUAUUUUUAGCAAUAUCAUUUGUUAUGUUAUGGGUUUAGUUUAGAAACAAUAUUGUAUUUGUAAAGAUGUAACGCUAUAUUAUCUUAGCUUAUGAGUAUUGACUAUGUUGAUAAUCGAAAGUAAUGUUAGUUUAAGUUGUUUAACACACAUUAGAGACUGUGGAAAACAUCAAGUUUUGAAUUCAAAAGCUUGGUGAAUCUUAUGUCAAAAAGUCAAAUUUAGUCAGAGAAACUUAUAUAAACAUUUUUAUUCUAAUUUAUUUGUUUUUGGUGUUAAUGUUACUUAAGUUUGUAGCUUAAUUUUAUUAUAUAGAUUUAUGUUGGUUGAAUUUUUAGGACUUGUCUGAUUGUAUAUAUUUGCUUAAAAUUUAAAACAUAUACACAAGAAAAUCGAGUAUAUGAAAUUAAUGCCCAAGUCGAAAGAUUAGAUGGAUAUAUAAAAGUUUUAUUUUGCAUUAUAUAAAGAUUUACGCGGUAAGGAAGCAUGGUUGGUGUGUCUUGUACUCUUUAAUUAACAUUCGAAAUUAUUCUUAAUAUCUAGUUACUCAUAUUUUUAAUACUGAUUUAGACUGCUUUAGAGGAAAAAGCACGUUUGUAAAAGAGGAUAAGAAGUUUCUUGGAAGUGGCAAAUUGGUAACAUUAAGAUAGAAUGCGAUGACGAUGGUAGGUGAUACACUAAAACUUAACAUUUUCUACUGUCAAAUUAACAGUAGUAAUUAUAGUAUUUAAAAUUUAAUCAAAAGGAUCAAUAUACAUUUUAUUUUCAUGAGUUUUCAGCUUAGCUAAAACUAAAGGUGGGGUUUUGAUUUAGGUGGUGACGUGCAAAGAAAGUAAAUGAUUGCAAAAAUUAAAUUUAAUAUUAAAAAGAAGCCAGUCUCGGAUUUCUCAUCGGGUGUUGAUGCUAAACCAAACAUUUAUUCAACCGCAAUGUAGCACAAUCUAGAACACGGAUCACUCGAGUAGAACAGCCAACUGUCGUGGUGCUGCCCCCUUUGGCGGUUCGACCUUGACACUUAAACUCUCGUUUAGAUUGAGGAUCGACUACAAACAAUAGAGAUCAAGUCCGCUAGGUUCACCGAGCACCCUAAUAUCUACUUUCGCUGACUAUGGACACUCGGCUCAUUCACCCAAUAUCAAGCUAUCUACUACACGGUUAAUGAGCAGAUUAAACCUAAGAUCUAGCAAAAAGUGAUCAGGUUAAAGCUAGCGUUAAGAAAAUGGAUGAAUAAAGACACAAUAUGAUCGCUUAUUUAUGUUUAGCUUUUACGACCAACACCCUAGAGCCCUAGACAAGAUAGCCGACUACUCAUCCAUUAAACAAGAUGAACUAGACAUAAUAACUGAAUGAUAUAUACUACAUAUAAUUCCAUAGAGAAAUCAAUAGGGUUCAAAAUGAUCUUCUCGGUCUUACAAUAGCAAAAUUCAAUAAUGAGUCUUAGUCUUUUUGCAAAACUAGCGUAAAAAAAAAAGAUAGGGAUGACUUUUUAUAUGGAGACGUCAUUGACUUUAGAGGAGGGAGUGAACGAUUAGGGCAAAUCUUUGAAAGAUGUGGAAACAUCCAUAAAUGUUGGAAACAAUCGCCUGGCUGCUCCUAGUGGGAUCAACCGUCAAACUGCUCCGCAUGACUGUUUCACAGGGAAAUGCUCCUAUUCUUGCUCCUUUCUUCAUGCUAUUUCCUUCAACUCUUUAGCAUACUUCAUACAUGAAAUGAUUCGAAAAGGAUUGGACUAACUCGAUAAAACAUUGAAAACAAGUUAAAAAACAUAUAUGCAGUGGUGCCAAAAACACCAUAUAUCAGUAGGGCACUGUGAGAGAGAUGGAUUCACAAACCAACACAUGCUCUCUUCAGGUGCGUUAUACCAACAAAAAAAAACUAUUAGUUUGAGAAAAACGAAAGAAAUAAAAAGGAGAAAUUAUUUGCAAAUUCAUUCUCUCUUGUUUCACGAAAAUAACAUUGAUGCCAAGUAAAUCGGAAAUAAAAUAUUUUCUUAAAACAAACUAUUAAAUUACAUGUUUGGAUCUAUUUUCUUAUUAAUUUGAUAUGCUGAAAAUGUUUAAGAAUUAUAUUAUAUGUUGCCAAGAAACUCGGAAGAUUGAUAUAAGGAAAACAUAUAUGUUUCACCUCGCUCUAGAAUUGGAGUAUCUCAUGAUAUCAUCCUUAACCUGCGGCGAUGCUUCAUUCCCAAGUUACUCGUCCACGACCCCUCCACAUCCCCCAAACUUACUAGUUCCUUAGACCCUCCUAAUCUCAAUUUAAUACAUUAUACUUUGAUCUAGUUUAUUCGUUAUCACAGCUCUUACUUCAGCUGAAUUAUGUAUCACUCUUUGAUUUAUCAAUGCAGUCCAUCAAUAUAAGAGGUUAUGUUUUCUUAGGUAAGGGAUUAUAAUGAUUAUAAUGUUUUUUUUUUGUUUUUUAGUGUCAAAGACUUUAGGGGGUGUUAUUGAAUUAAUGAAUUUAGUAAAAUUUAAUGGAAUUCAAAUUUAAAGUAAAAUUCAUUGUUAUUGGAUUGGGUAUUUGUUAUAUGAAAUUCCAAAUGCUUUAAAAUCACAUGUUAUUCAAUUGCGGUAACAAUACCAAACCAAAUACAACGAGUAGUGGGAUCCAUUUGACUUUGUUAGAAUUCAUUUUUCUGAGAUUUUAAUAGACUUGUAUCUGAAAUAAAAGUAAACAAAUACAUAGCUUUUGCUUAAUACUUUGAAGGAAUUCAACUGUAUAAUAAAUAGAGCAAUCUCAUCUUCUCAGACGUUGAUAGCGAAAAUGAAAUAUGACUGAAGACAGAAAGAACACACUAGUAGAAAGUGUCUGCAAAAACUCCUAGGCGUUAGAAUCCAUGUCCAAAUAGUAAUUAUUGCCAAGAUAGAGAAGUCCAAAAUGGUCAUGUUUUGUGUUAUGCUAACAAUAUAUUUGAUUUAUUUGAGAUAAGCAAAAACAGUUCGCGUUUUGAAAAAUCUGAAAAUAGGAGAAAACAUCAAUAGGUUGAAGAUGACUCAAAGCAGUUUCUGAUGUAUUCGUAAAAAAGUUCCUCUUCUUAACUGCCAAAUAAGUACAGCUAAAUCCCAAGUGCAUUUUAGUGGAAUCAUCCAAUUUCAUAGAAAUACAGUCAAACUUUAAUUAAUUCACUUAAUUCUAAUUCCAUUCAAAUUAUGUAUUCGAUACCAGCCCCUUAGUUUAGGGGUAAUAGAAAAUCAUGUUUUAAUUUUUUAGUUCCGAGCACAAAGAUAGUUUCAUAAAAUUAUAUGUAAACCAAUCGAAAAAGAAAAGCGUUUUCCUAUCCAACAAAGCAAAGGAUCGCUUAUGUUCAAGGAAAAAACUAUGCAUGCGUUUAGGAUCUGUUCUUUUCUUGUUAUUUGCUUAUGAUAAAAAAUCUUUUACUUGUUGCAUAAUAUAAGAAUAUUUAAUGUAUAAGCUAGGUUGGUGUAUAUAUAUACUAAUCAACGUGCUCGAUAUUAUUACAAUCAUUCAUCACAAUGAUUAGAAUAAAAUUAGCAACUCACAAACACCCUUUGUACCCUACGCCUUGGGUUAGCCGUUGCGAGGGUUGCCCUCGGAGAGGUGGUUACGUCAAAGACGGUUAUCGUUGCUAUGAGUGUGCUAUUUCCUUUCACAAAGAAUGUGCAGAGGCAAUCUUAGAGAUCCACCACCCAUCUCAUCAUGCACAUCCUCUCUCUCUCGUUUUGGAGUGGCAGGGACUGAAAUAUUGUAAGUUAUGUGGAGAAGAUUUGUUUAAUAAUAUAUAUUACCAUUGCUCUAUAUGUGAUUUCGUUGUUGAUACGGCUUGUGCCAAAAAUCCACCACCAAAUGUUAUUGAAUAUCCCAAAGCCCAUGAACACUCUCUUGUUAUCGAGAAGGAUCUUUAUCAUCCCAGAUGUACUUUUUGUGGAGGGGGAACUCGUGAUAUGUAUUAUUACAGAUGUUCUCUAUGUAGUUUGAAUUUCGAAAUCAGGUGUUCAAUGCUUGCUUUAGAGAUAGAUUACCCAUAUCACCCUCAACACCCCCUUAAAAUCCUCACCAAGGAAGAACAUCAUUUCUCUGAUGGUAAAUGUCUUAUUUGUGGAGAGGAAUUAGGGUUGAAAGUUUAUCAUUGUUCAAUCUGUAAGUUUACUGUGGAUGUUGGUUGUGUGAGGGAUCCUCCACCGCUUACAAUCUUAUUUCCUAAGGCUCAUGAACAUCAACUCAACCUUACACCAAGGAAAAUAUCUUUUGUCUGUGAUGCUUGUGGGAUGGAGGGUGAUCGGAGUCCUUAUUCAUGCCAACAAUGUUAUUUCAUGAUUCAUCAAAGCUGUAUUGACUUACCGGAGAUCAUCAACGUCAACCGUCACGAGCAUCGUCUUUCUAGACGUCUUCAUCUAAGUCCUGGGAAUUGGGAAUGCGGAUUUUGUCACAAAAACGUUGACUGGUCUUAUGGGGCGUAUUCUUGCUCGAUUUGUCCUAAUUAUGUCAUUCAUUCUCAAUGUGCAAUACAAAAUAAUAUAUGGGACAAGUUAGAACUCAAGGGGAUACCAGAAGAAUCUCAUCUCGAACCAUUUAAGGUAAUAGAUGAAAACCUGAUAUGUCAUUUCAGUCAUGAGGAACAUUAUUUAAAACUCAACGAGGAAAGUAUCAUAUCCGGUGAGGGCAUUCGUUGUGAAGCAUGUGUCUUACCUAUAUAUUAUCAAGCGUUCUACAGCUGCGUGCAAUGCAAUUUCAUUCUCCAUAAAACAUGCGCUAAUCUUUCUAGAAAGAAACGUCAUUUUUCUCAUGACAAAGCGUUAACUUUAAUAUGUGGUGACAAGAUAGAGCAUUGUGAAAUGUGUGAAAAAUAUUCUCAAGGUUUCAAGUAUACCGACUUUCAAUACUUCAGUAUUGAUGUGGAGUGUGCCAUGCUUUCUGAAUCUAUCAUCCAUGAAAGUCAUCCAUGCACCUUGUACUACAAUAACAACACGUAUAUAAAAUGCGCUUGUUGCAAUGAAGGGGGCUAUCGAUCGUUUAGUUGUGAUGACUGCAGCUUUGGACUACAUGGAAGAUGUGCUGCUUUGCCAAAAACAAUACAACACUGGUAUGAUGAACAUCUUAUAUUUUUAUGUUACAACAAAAACAAGAGAGGAGGAGAAUAUUGGUGUGAUAUAUGCGAGGAACAAAUAGAUACCAUGAUCUGGUUCUACACAUGUGAUAGUUGCUGUGUCACGUUCCAUACUAAAUGUGUUCUCGGCGACUUUUCACGUUUUAUGCCGGGACGGAUAGUCACAUAUAGAAAGUGGAGGAUCAAAGCGAUGCAAACCAGUCCGGGUUUCUUACCACGUUGUUACAUUUGUCAUACUCGACGCGCAGUUCCCUUUGUUUUAAACUUAUGUAAUCCCCAAAAAAUUGUUUUCAUCUGUUCUGUAGAAUGUUUACGCAGAACCUCAUUUCGUGAAGAUUUGUAUUUUCUUUUAUCUAGAGUUGUAUUAAAUUCAUAUCUACGAAACAAUGAAUAAAUACUGUGUGUGUGUGUGUUUUUUCUAUAGAUUUUUUUUCGUGAA